ACGCUUCUGCAUUGCGCGCUAAACUCUUCUCAGGAACGUCAAGUAGCCUCAGGUUGCUGAUCCGCGCUGCGAUACUGGCCUGUCGGUGGGUCUAUCGCACAGACCGCGUUAAUCGCUGCACUUAGGCAAAGAAAGGUCUUCAUCUUGUGUCUACCUGUGUCAUCGCGAGGACAGCUUCAAAUCGGAGCUAGACGAAGCGCGAGCCCAAGCCUGUUGCCAUGCUCAGAAGCUCUCUGUACGAGCGAUGGCAGGCGAGUGGCGAGGGCGCACGAAAGACCACCAAGUGCUCGGCGCGCAUCUUCGAACGUGUUCAGCCCGUAGCGAGGGUGGGACACGUAUUCAUCGCGCAACGAUCACCAGCAAUUGUGGAAUGCCAGCAUCCCCAUUCCACCAUCUUUCAUUCGUCGCAUCCCUCAAGUGGAACAGCAGGGGUCUUGCACGUUACCUGUCAUAUCGAGGCAUCGCGACAGGUCGCAUCUCGAAGCAUCAUCAUCAGCGCUCAUCAGCAGGAUCGUAACAUCCAAGGGACCGAAAGCUUCCUGAUGACGCAUCUGCUUGGCGUCAUCUGUUCGCUCGUGACUCUGCCUCUUCGUCGAUGUGCCAGUAGUCUAGCGCAAAAGGGCAGAUGGGUGAUGAUCCAAGUUGGCCACAGUAGGAAUGCAAGACUCGAUCGACGUCUUGUACCAUCGGGAUCCGCGGACAUCAUCGGAGCCUCGCAUCGCAACACACAUCUUGCCCCGCUGACACACAACCGCACGUCGGUUUUUCCUCUCACGGACACGCACACGAUCUCGGAAAUUGCGCAAACCAUCAAUGCGGACCGAAGAUGACAUUUGAAUAGGCGUGAGGGGAGAUGAGGAACGUUUGACGUUUGUACAUGUACGGAGGAGAGUCAAAAGAGCAGAGGAAAAGAUGCGCGAAUGCCAUGAAGUGCAGGUCCGGA